AUGGACCAGCUUUUCGAUGCCUCGUCUAAAUGGGCCCAGAACCAAAUUUCGGAUUGCUUAAAUUCGCAUGAGGGAUGUCAAAUCAGCGAAGACGUCUCAUUUACUCCCUCACGUCUAAUUAACGUCAGUAUUGGGAAACUAGGGGAAGAUGUAGUGCUCGAGGAUAAUACUUCUAUUUCCCCAGGAUCAGCAUAUGUUGCGCUGAGCUACUGUUGGGGUGGAUACGACCCAGACUGUAUGACCACGGCCGACAGCUUGGAAGAGAACAUGCGAAGAAUCCCAUGGUCGAAACUGCCAGCAACCUUUAAGGACGCAGUCAAGUUUACCCGCAGUCUCGACAUCAAAUACUUAUGGAUCGACAGUGUCUGUAUAAUCCAGCGCGAUAAGAGGGACUGGCACCAGCAGGCAAGACUAAUGCAGAAUGUAUACAAAUAUUCUCAUGUGACAUUGGCUGCCUUACAUGGAAGCUCAAGUAAAUCUGGACUUCGUUCAACUUCGAUGGAGAAUGAAUUAACCAAGGUGGUAGAAUUGUCACUUGGUGAUCAUCGUUGGCCUGUUUACACACGACUCCCCCAUCAUCUACAAUUUGAUAUUUAUCCAGACACAUACGAAAAAAUAAAAGAACGGUCACCUCUACUAUCUAGAGCCUGGGCAUAUCAAGAGCGCAUGAUUAGCCCAAGGGUGCUUUACUUUACGGAAAGUGAGAUUAUAUUCCAAUGCUUUACCCACAGCACUUGCGAGUGUGGUGCAUUAAAAUAUGAUGAUUUACAAACUCAGAAGCCUUGCUCUAUACUUUGGGGACAUCUCUACAUGCUCGAAAACGAUAUUCGGGGAAUCCAAGAGUCAACUAUAAAGCAUGACGAUGCAUGGCGACAGAUUGCUACGGAGUGGAGAGACGACAUCGUGAAGGGAUAUAGCGGUUUAUUAGUGACUAAACCGGAGGAUAAAUUGAUGGCUCUUGGAACUAUGACGAGUCAAUUCCAAAAGCUCCGCCCUCGCGAAACCUACCUUGCAGGCCUGUGGUUAGGGUCAUUGAUCGAAGAUCUGCUCUGGUUCAACCUCUUCCACGAAGGAGCGUACGGCGAGUCCCCAGAGUCGGCCAAAGUUCGCUACGGUAACGAGGUCAAGCGCGUGGCUGGCGUUCUCGACGGUGUUCUAGCCAGGUCGGCGUGGCUCGUAGGCGACAAGUGUACAUAUGCCGAUUUGGCCUUCACUAUGUGGAACAUGCAGGUGGCUUUCUUCAUGGGCAGCCGGACUGGAGAAAAAAUAGAACAGUAA